AUGGGGAGAAGCAAGGGCGCCGCCGCCAGACGUAGGAAGGCCGCCGCCGCCGUCAGGAAAGCGAACGGCGCCCCCAAGAUAUCGGACGCCCCAAAGAUACCGGACGCCCCCAAGGUUAAAGCCCAGCCCCCCAGGCCAUGCCCCAGCCUGUCGCCGGACCUGCUGGCGAACAUCCACGACCGCCUGGGCUUCCUCGACCGCGUCGCCUUCGCCGCCGUCUUCGCCACAUCCUGCGACGAGAACCUGUUCCUUCACGCGCCAUGGCUCGUUCUCCCCAGCAACAAGCGGAAGACCGGCAGGCUCUUCUCCAUUGCCGAUCAGCGUGGCGCCACCGUGCCUGCCCCGGAACCCGCGCUGCGCGACCACUUUGUCAUUGGCUCCGCCCGCGGAUGGCUCGCCACGGCCGACAUCCGGGGCCAGAUCUACCUCGUCAACCCGUCCACCGGCGAGCAGCACGAGCUCCCGCACAUGUCCACCAUGGGCGUCUUCGGGCCCAGCAGCAACUACCACAACUUCUCCCUCAAUAUAAAGGCCUUGCUGACCAUCCGGUACGGCCACGGGCCGCCGUUCAACGAUCACUACUGGGGGCCGGAGGGGCACGGAACGUUCUCGUACACCGCCGACCAGAUGCGCAUGUGGUUCUACCGGAAGGUGGUCCUCUCCUCGUCACGGGCGCGCCACGGCACGUACGCCGCCAUGCUCAUCACGGAGUGGAAGGCCGGCGCCCCGGCCUUCGCCACGGCAGAGGACCGUGUAUGGAGGCUAGCCCCCUCGCAUGACGGCGUCGAGGACGCUAUCCACCACGACGGGCAGUUCUACUCAGUCUCCUACUCGGGCCUCGUGGAGGCGUGGGAGCGCGACGCCGAGUCCGGCGCCUACACUAGCACGGUCGUGGCGCCAAGGCUGGCUGUAGAGGAACACAAAGAGGAAUACAGAGAGCCGUCGUGCCGCAAGUACCUCGCGGCAUCUCCCGGCGGGCGGCUGAUGGUGGUGAUAAAGUACCCCGGGCAUGUGGUCGACGACCGUUACAGCCAGAGCAGAUGGUCGUGCGCCUUCAAGGUACAUGUCCUUGGCGACGAUGGGCAGUGGAAGGAGACGACGGACAUCGGCGAGCUCGCGCUGUUCGUCGGGAUGAACAACUCGCUGUGCGUGCGGACAAUAGGGUGCCCGCGGAUCAAGGCCGGCUGCGUCUACUAUACCGACGAUGAGCGCGGGGCCGCGGAGCAGCGCAAGCAGGCGUACAGCAGUCACGAAUACUCCGACUACCGGGCCGUCGGGGUGUACAGCCUCAUGGAUGGCACUGUGAAGAAAAUCAAGGCGCUCGGGGAGGAGCAGCCAAGCUUCUACGAGCCGCCGGUGUGGAUCACGCCUUCGAUCCCGUGA